GCUGUAGAGUUAAGGUUUUCCCCCAAUAACUGAAUUUCUUGGUGUUUGUUUGAGAACUCACCAAGCCUUGGACAAUGGACAUCUUAUUUUUCACAAUGUCUGUGAUGACACUGAGCUCUUCUUUCAGGGCUGAUCCUGAGGCCUUUUCUGAAGCAGGUGCUGCUUAUGGAGCGGUCUCUGAAAAAACAGUCAGUUUUGGCAAACUUUUAAUUGGUGGUCAAGGUAUGGAAUCUAAUAAUGAUGUGAAAACAUCUGUGUUGAGGUCAGUAGAGUCUGAUGGGCACCAGUCAAAUGAGGAAGCGUGGUUUCUCCCUGCUAAAGCUAAGCCGCAACGUCUGGGCUCUUCUGUGCAGUGUAGCAAUGAUUCAAUGAUCUUGCGCGUUCCAGGGCUGAGAAUGCCACACUUUCUGGUUGACCGAGGAGAGGAGUCUCCAGUGCCUUUGUCUGAGAUGCCAGCCAGCUGUGGUUUCUCACUGAAGCGAGCACGCAGGGAUGUCUCUCUUGUUGCUCCAUACCGAGGCUGUCAUGUCAAAAAACAGGGUGGGAGAUAUAUUCUGCCGCUCAUUAUAAUGGGAGCUCCGGUGCGAAUAUCUUGUCCUGUGAGUCCUCGACUCCCUACAGUGUCCUGCCUCUCCACUGGCAUGAUUGCCACACUUGGGGUCAGAGCAGAUGUUGUUAAAGUUCUAGUUGAUGGAUCAUGGCAGCCUCUGCUUCUAACGUACACUCAAUGCUCCUUCACAUUGGAGAAUACUGAUGGUUCAGUGGUUGUCACUGCACCAUUCACAGGAAGCUGUUGGCUAAUGACGGACACUGAAAUGCAACUCCCUUUGAUGUACGGUGACCGGGAGGUCACUCUUUCCUGUCCUCUGACACGGCCAACGAUCGCCCCAACCAUGCCUGCUGACCCAGACAUGCAACAGAUGUUUGACCCUUUCCCUUUUGGAAGACCCUGGUGGUAUCCUCCAUAUUAUCCUGGUGUACCUGCUACCCUGCCUCCCACUGUGCCACCUACAACACCUACUACAACUACUCCUUUUCAAUAUCCUUUCCAGCAACACAUGUUCCCUCAGAUGUAUCCCAGGCCAGUGUUUGAUCCAUACUUUUACUCUAGACGUGACCCAGCUGCUCCCCCAGCACAACAACCUCAACAUCCCUGGUACCCAAACUUCCCUCCUUAUAUGAAUGGCUUCCAAAGCCCAGUUGAAGUGACCAUUCCUGCAACGACCACAACUACACCUGCCCCAUACCAGCCUGAUCAGCAUCCAAUAUUCCCACCGUUACUCAAGUCUUAUAUGCCUCCAGCUGUGGAAUACCCUUUCAUGCCCAAGUAUCCUAAGGAUCCAGUCUUUGGUCCCCGCAGCCCUAAAUCAGUGUCUUAUAAUGCACAGUUAUCCUCGGUCUACAGGCCUUAAAGGUUUGUUUAAAGUGAGAUGAGUGUGGAGGUACUCUGAAAUGGCGUUGCGUUCCCUCUGGAUGACUCCAGUGACCUCAGAAUGUUUCUCUUCAGCUUCAUAUAAGGCUAAUAAAACUUAAUGAGACUUCA